ACUUCACACUGAAUAUUUUCUUCUUACAAUUCUCAUGUUCACACCUAGGUUAGUGUUCAUGUUUACCAUGAGAGAAGAUCUCAGAGAUUUUGUUUCCUGCGCUCAGCUCAGAUAGGAAGUUGUCAGAACUUACAAGGUUGAAGAUUCAUUUGAAUCGUUUUUGUAACAUCUUGCGAAGAUAAUAUUUGUACAAUUUUGUUUUCCUUUGACCACAAAUACAUGGGCUCAUCCGUGACGUACCCACCGAAGAAGAAAAAGGGGAAGUCGGCUCCUUUUUCCAGCAAUAAAUGGCGUCGAGGCCGCGGGCCUUCUCGAAGGUCUUCCUCCCCGUGCUCCCGUCGCCGCCCCUCCCUCCCCUCCUCCUCCUCCCGCGGUAGCCGGCGCGGAGCAGCUGCACAGGGAGCGGGCGGGGUCGCGGGCGCGGCGGUGAUGGCGGCGGCGCCGGCGCCGAGGAAGUGGGAGGGGGUGGUGGACGAGGCGCUCGAGAGAGAGGUGCUGGGGGCAUGCCUGGACCAGGCCCCCGAGCGCCGCCGCGUCCGCGAGGCCUUCAAGGACGUCCAGCUCAGCAUCGACCACUGCCUCUUCAAGAAGGGACAAUAUAGUGGGGUCGGAACAAAGGAGUCAUAUGAGCGGAACUCCAGGGGUGUGGAGAUUUUCUCAAAAUGUUGGUUUCCAGAGAAUCACAGCAUGAAAGCCAUUGUUUGUUUCUGCCAUGGUUAUGGAGAUACCUGCACCUUUUUCCUGGAUGGUGUUGCUAGGAAGAUCGCGUCUGCUGGAUAUGGAGUAUUUGCAUUGGACUACCCUGGUUUUGGCCUUUCGGAAGGACUUCAUGGAUAUAUUCCAAGUUUUGAUACUCUUGUCGAUGAUGUAGCUGAACAUUUUGCUAAGAUCAAAGGAAAUCCUGAACAUAGAGGUCUACCGAGCUUUCUGUUUGGUCAAUCUAUGGGGGGAGCAGUUGCGUUGAAGGUUCACUUCAAGCAACCAAAUGAAUGGAAUAGUGCAAUACUAGUUGCACCCAUGUGUAAGAUAGCAGAUGAUGUUGUUCCACCUUGGCCCGUUCAGCAAGUUCUAAUAUUUUUGGCCAGACUUCUUCCAAGAGAAAAGCUUGUUCCUCAAAAAGAUUUAGCUGAGUUAGCAUUUAAAGAGAAGAAAAAAAGAGAGCAGACUUCCUACAAUGUGAUCGCCUACAAGGAUAAACCACGUCUCCGAACAGCUUUGGAGAUGCUGAAAACGACACAAGAGAUAGAAAGACAUCUGGAAGAAGUUUCUCUCCCCAUGAUCAUUUUACACGGUGAGGCUGAUUUGGUUACUGAUCCAGCCGUGAGUAAAGCUCUGUAUGAAAAAGCAAAGAGCUCAGACAAGAAGCUGUGCCUUUACAAAGACGCAUACCAUGCUAUCUUGGAAGGUGAACCGGAUGAGACAAUUUUCCAAGUUCUUGAUGAUAUAAUCUCUUGGCUGGAUCAACAUUCCACAAAGGAAGUUCCGUUGUCGUAAACUGCACAGGGCUAUUCACCAGCACUAGGCCUUUUGUUAAAUUUGAUGAAGGAUAACAGCAAGGAAUGGCAACAAAAAGAAUUGCAAUUUGGGUUCCUACGGCAAAUUGUAGUUGGAUUUAGCUUCAUGUCACCGCCCUGGCAAUAGAAAUAGUUGUGAUUUGAGUGAAAUUCUCGUUGAUUAUUGUUACAUCCGGUUUUAUAAAUAGACAAAAUCAGAUGCAAACCACAUGUAUAUCAGGU